AUGGUGCUUCACGGUAUUGAGACAAGUCAUGGUGUUAUUGUUGCAUCAACCGAUUCAAUGAGUGAGGUGUUACGGGAUGAGGAGGAUCAAACAAAUUUCAAUGGAGCAGAUCAGCGGGACCACGGAGAGGAUUUUAACAAGUGUGCAGCUAACGAUCAUUUUUUCAAUAGUAAUCACGUGAUGAAAAUGAUCGCGCCUCGGAGUGAUGCUGUUACUGAAGAAGCAAAUGAAAUUCAAUUAAAUUACAUUCCAGAUGGUGAAUUAGAUGGUCAGAAAGAUCUUGUAAAUAAUAACGAUCAAUCUUCAACGGAGAAUACAAUUCAAGAAUCAAUAACAGUAAUUUCUGAAAUGAUUCCGACUGUGGAUCAAACAUUGGAAUCAUUACAUUCUCUCAGAGUGUGGGAUGAACAUGUUACCAAUUCCACAUUAUGGAUUCCAGAAAUAUUCUUGUGUAUUUAUAUGUAUAUUGAUGAUGUUUUUGACAUUAUUCAGCUUUCAAGAACAUGUCAAGCGGAUCUAGAGGAUUUACAAAUAAUUUAUGGCUAUUGUAAAGGAUUAGUCGAUUACAACAUCAAGAGCAUUAUUCAAAAAGGAGCUGCAGAAAAAACAGUACCUCUUAAUAGACUUCGUAUACUGGAGGUUCAACAAGAACAUACCCUUAAAACUGAAAGUAGUACUGAGAAGAUUAUUAUUUUUGUGCUUGCCAUUAUCAUGCUCAUUUCUAUUCCCUAUUCAAGAAGUAUCAUGUUCUAUAUUGGAUAUAUAAUACAUAUCGUAGCUACAUUGUUUGGAUCUAUGAUUCUUUAUGUAGAGUUUACAGAUUUGACAAAAUACGUUAUAGUUGGAACAUUUUCGCUGUUAAGCUUAGGUUUAUAUUGGUUUCGAAUGAUCGAUCGCCUUUCUCUCAGCUAUUAUUUUUUCAUUAUUGGAGCUACCUGUCUUUGUUGGUUUUUUAGGCUUCGAGAAGUCUCUAAAUGCUUGGUCGUUGCAGCAUUUUCAUUAUUUAGCUGGAAAAUAUUUUGGUUUCAACUUUAUGAUGACGUAUAUCCAGUCCAUUAUUUAUUAAUGCUUGGAGCUACCUUACUUGCAGCAUGGUUUGUGAGAGUAAUGAUCUUACAAUCCAAAAAAGAGUUCUUGAAGCAUAAAUUUGAUAUAGAAAAACAAGACAUACAGAAACAAAUCAGCACCAUAGAUGUCUAUGUCACUGAACGAGUUUUACAACUUAAAAGAGCCUCUGAGAAAAUUCCUCUUGUACAUGAGGGCACAACGUGGUCAACUUUUAAUGUUUGUCGUGUGAUGUAA